CCAUGCCAAACAACCUCUGUGUAGCCAAGCUACGUAUUCACGGUCUGAAAAGGAAACUUCAGAAAGAUGCACAUUUUCAUAGUGAGUACACAAACUUUCUUACUGACGUCAUUAGCAAAGGAUAUGCCGAACCAGUGCCACAACAUCAGCUAGAACCACGUGAGGGUAGGGUGUGGUAUAUACCUCACCAUGGAGUUCACCACCCAAGGAAGGAAACAUUAAGGGUCGUGUUUGAUUGUGGAGCAGAAUUUAAAGGUGUCUCACUUAACAGUCAACUUCUACAGGGCCCUAACCUGACCAGCUCAUUGGUAGGAGUUCUUAUGCGGUUCAGGCAGGAUCCUGUGGCAACAAUGGCAGACAUACAAGCCAUGUUCCAUCAAGUAAAGGUGGCGGAUGAACACAUGGACCUUUUAAGAUUCCUGUGGUGGCCUAAAGGUAAACUUGAACAUGGUCUAGUAGAACAUCGCAUGACCGUCCAUUUAUUUGGGGCAGUAUCUUCACCCAGCUGUGCAUGCUUUGCUCUGAGGAGGACUUCUGAGGAUAACCAAACCAGCUUUCCAGCAGAGGUGAUUGACACAGUCAAGAGAAACUUUUAUAUGGAUGACCUUCUAAAGCAGGGGUGCCCAACCAGUCGAUCGCGGUCUACCAGUCGAUCGCAGGCGGAGUUUCAGUCGAUCGCGAAUGACAAAAAAAAAAAAAAAAAAAAAAAAAAAAAAAAACUUGUUCACACACACAGCACACUAAUAAAACCAUCGUUCAUGAGUGACCAGAAUAUAUUUUCAUAUUAAUAACAUUAAGAAAUAUAUAAGUAAUUCUUAAAUAUAUAGAUAAUUCUGAAUCCUAUUCUGUUGCAUGCUGGGUAUGGUUUGCCAUAGUUGCUAGGUUGUAACUAGGGACUCUAAAGCGCGAAGAAGCUGAGAAGAUAAUGGCGGAAACCAAAAAAUCUAAAAAUUAUCACUUUCAUCCUGAGUGGGAAGAAGAUUACUUUUUUGUUUUUUCGAAUUCAAAGCCAGUGUGUUUGAUCUGUAAUGCUACCGUGGCCAUUCCAAAGAAGGGAAAUUUGGAGCGACAUUUCAUGACAGUUCACAAGAGCUAUGCUAAAGACUUCCCGGCGAACUCAGCUAUACGAACUGAAAAGGUAAACAACCUGAGGAGACAGCUAGCCGCAAAGCAGGCAGUGUUUACGCAACCCGGGAAAAAGAGUAAAACUGCCACGAUAGCGUCUUACCGUGUGAGUCGUGUUCUGGCAAAGCACAAGAAAUGUUUUAAAGACGGCGAAGUUUUCAAAGAAGCCUUUGUAGAGGCCGCAGAUGCACUUUUUGCUGACUUCAAGAACAAGAAGGAGAUCAUGUCGGCUGUUCAAGAAACCCAGCUAUCCAGGAACACCAUUACAAGGCGGUGCGAGACCAUUUUCGCUGCAAUUUGACGAAUCAACUGAUGCUGUGGAUGUGGCGCAGUUAUGUGUUUUCAUUCGGAUGGUUUUUCAUGACAUGACGGCAAAAGAAGAGCUUCUGACAAUUUCGCCUUUGAAAGGGCACACAAGAGGGUCGGAUGUUUUUGACACGUUUAUGGAGUUUGUCAGUAAGUCGCAUUUACCUCUCUUCAAACUUACGUCAAUCACAACUGAUGGGGCUCCAUCUAUGGUUGGGCAUACUGCUGGGUUCGUUGCUUUGUGCAAGCAGUCGGAAUCUUUCCCUGAUUUUUUAAACUAUCACUGUAUCAUUCACCAACAAGGGCUGUGCGGGAAGAUUUUGAACAUGAAGGACGUCAUGGACAUAGCUAUAAAAAUCGCGUGCUCUUUUCGGGCCAGGAGUUUACAGAGGCGCUUAUUCCGUGCCCAGCUCGAGGAGGCAGGUGCAGACCACACCGAUCUGCUGCUGCACACCGACGUCAGGUGGUUGAGCCGAGGCAAAUUUCUCGAAAGAUUUUUGGAACUUUUGCCCGAAAUUAAAGAGUUCCUGAAGCACACAACUACCCAUGCUGCUGCUGCUUAUACUCAGCUGGAGGACGGUCAGUGGCUCGCUGAUUUGGCUUUUCUCACAGAUGUCACCAAUAAGAUCAAUGACUUGAAUCUCGAGCUGCAGGGGAAAGGAAAGCACAUCACCAACAUGAUCAGUUCGGUGAACACCUUUAAAACGAAGUUGCGCCUGCUGUUACGCAGGUUGCAACAGUGUGACGUCAGGAACUUUCCACACUUGGAGGCUGAGCUCCGCCGUGAGGGCAAAGACAGUGUGGAACUUGCUCGUUAUGAGCAACAGAUCCAAAACAUUCUUUUGGAGUUUGAGCGCCGGUUUACUGACUUUGCGUCCAUCGAGCCUGUUGCUCAGUUUCUGUGCUUUCCAUUUGGUGAAAAUGUUGAUGUGGAUUGCAUUGCGCCCAAAGUAGCCACACUCUUCAGCCUGGACUCCAGUGCUGUCGAGAAUGAAAUUCUCACACUGCAAAAUGACAUUGAGAUCAAAUGCAGAGCAACACCUGGGAUAACUGGCGAAUUCUGGAACCUGCUGCUGGAAGAGAAGUAUCCAAACCUCAGACAAUGCGCACUGAAUAUGACUUCCCUUUUUGGAUCAACAUAUUUGUGUGAGUCUGCCUUUUCACACAUGAAAAUAAUCAAGUCCAAGUACAGAACCACACUGACUGAUGACCACCUCGCGGCCUGCUUAAGGCUGGCACUCAACUCCUACUGUCCGGAUUACGAGAAGCUAGCUGCCUCCUCCCAGUGCCAGAAGUCCCACUAAGAUUCAUUUAAAUCCAACUGCUGGUUUCCCAUUGCCACUCUCCAGUGAAAUUUUCAUUUUGAAAUAUUGGACUUCUCUUCUCCUCCUUCCUCCUUUUUGGAGUGUUCUUUUCUGUAGGUGUGUGUGUGUGUGUGUGUGUGUGUGUGUGUGUGUGUGUGUGUGUGGUUGAGAGAGAGAGAGAGACGAUGUGCCUCUGAAGUUCUGUUUUGGACAACCUAUUUGUGACAUGUUGAUCAGCUAAUUUUUUGUGCAUUUAUACUGCCUAUUCUCCUCCUGUACAAAUAAAAACUCAACUACGUGUCAUCUGCGAUUGCGGCUCCAUGUUUGAAUUAUUGCCCGGCCCUUGAUCUUGACUUGGUAGAUCUCGGCAUGCCAUCAACAUCAAAAGUAGAUCUUGGUUAAAAAAAGGUUGGGCACCCCUGUU